AUGGCGACGAAGUGCGCCAGAGGCAAAGUUCCUCCAAAAACCGCCCAAUUUUUUCACUCCUUGCCUCAUGUAAACUUUAAUUUUGAAAAUAUAUCUUCCACUUUUGAGCCUACUGAUACUGAUUAUCAACAGAAUUUUUGGCUUUACAGUGGGGUUCCAGUGUUAUGUGGAGGGGUUUUAUUUCUCAUUGUUAUUAUCAUUUUUCUCGCUUUCUGUUGUUGGUGGUGUCAUAAGCUACGAAAGAAACAAAUCAGUAAAAGAAAAACCAAGAAUAAAUGUGCGGCUUGUCUGGCUUUGUUGAUAUGGUYGUUUUCCUUUAUUUGUUGUGGRAGUAUCAUAGCAGGGUUUGUGUUCAAUGACGACAUUGAAAAUGGAGUUAAGAAYGUUACCAUGGCAAUCAAGAAUGUCAGUGACACUUUUGACAAUAUACAAAAUGAGGUGUCAGGAGUUCAGAACAACUUGCUAGACAUACGAUCAAGCAUAAGAAGGUUAAUACUCGACUCACCAGAUAUUCCUGAUGAGGUCAGAGAAAUCCUUGAUGAGAUUCAGGAAACUGUGUUAUCAAUCAUACAAGCAUUAAGAGGUGUUAAAAAACAACAAGCACCAGAUGUAGACACCUAUAUUAAGACUGGAGAGURCUACAGAUGGUGGGCUGCCUUUGGAAUCCUUGGACUGGGAAUCUUGACAUGUUUGUUUGCUGGAUAUUCCACCAUCAGACACAGCAGAUGUGGUUUUGUCAUGGCCAUUCUAAUCGGCUGUGUAGCAUUUCUUCUUGAAUGGGUGUUACUUGGUUCACACCUAGGAGCCUCCAUYGCCAUGUCUGAUUUGUGUAUUAAUCCAAGAAAAACUAUAGACUUUUAUACCAGGCAGUCGUCACUAGUAGUAAAAGGAAUUGUUAAUUAUUAUGUUGAUUGCAAGCCGGACAGCGAGCAUCCAUAUGAACAGUAUGUUAAGGAAUCUCUGAGUUUUGCUCAAGAUGGAGAAGUAUUGUUUAAAGAACUUGAAAAGAGGUGGCCAAGUAAACGGUCUGAAAUACGAGAGGUUGUUAAAAAUUUUAAUCAAUCGAAAACAGAUUUAAUGGGAUUGCAGGACGAACUUAAGUGUACUGGAUUCCAACAGCAAUAUAAAAAGGCUCAAUGUGCAGUUUGUUUUCCAGUUGUGGAAGGCCUCAGUAAGCUGUUACUUAUUUCUAUCAUUCUUGUUGUAUUCUUGGCUCUGAUACUACUCUUUAUCAUACCCAUAUGUAAAAGAAUUCAUCGUCAAAAGAGGACAGGAAAUGCUGUAGGUUCUAUGUUAAGUACUGGGGAUCAAUCACUGGAAACAGAAUAUCACUCUGUUACCUCUGAUGAUGAAAGCCUGCCGUUAAUACCCAGUACUCCACCCCCUCCUUACGAGGCUGUAGCAAGGUCUGUUGAUUAUCAGUUUCAUUCAUGUCAAGAAGAUAGAAWUCCUGUGAACUCCCCUACACAGCCAGAAGAGAACCAGCCWAAUAACAUGGCCCCACCCCCACCCCGUGGGGACAUUGUAAGCAACCCUAAUAGAGUCAACACCAUGGCAUUCUGAAAAGCUGCAGUAUUCAAACUACAGGAAGCAUAACCACUAAGUGGAAAAAAACACCUUGACCUGUUCAUGACAGAGGUCAUUUUACUGCUAGUUCAUUCAGUUCAUAAUAGAGUGCACACACUAAAACCGUGAACAUUAAAUAGUACUAAUUAGUACUAUUUCAUACAGAAUCCUUUGUUUUCUAUUGUUUAAUUAUCACUAUUUAGUGCUAAAAAUUAGUAUUUUUUUCACGAAUUUAGUGUGAGCACUCUAACUUCCACAUUAAUUAAAUUGAUAUGACUUGAUAUUAUGUCAUCAAUUUUAGUUUUAAUUUUUUUAUUAUUUCUAGCUAAACACUUCCAAGCAUUCCUUUCAUUCCAGAGGUUAUUAUUUAUUAAUUCUUGUUUGUUUUUUUCCGCUGGCGGGGGUGUGCUCACUUUGCACAUAUGUGCAUGCCCACCCCAUUCUUUGCCAAUCCCUGUGUGCUUCAUAUAAUAGCACAAGUGCAAAUGUUUAUAUUUCUUUCCUUUUUCACCCUCUGUUACUGGCAAAAAAAGUAACAAAAGCAUCUGGAGUGAAAAUGCCUUCAACCAAAAACUUUUACAACUCUUCUUAUUGCUAUGCGCUGAUUGAGACAACAGUUGUGACAGGGAAAUUGGGCAAUGCACUCCCGUCAAUAAAAUAAAUUGGUUGGUACCUUUAUAUUCUUUGAUUGGCGGCAGUGUAUUGCCCUAUUUUCUUGUUACGACUGUUGUCUCGAUCAGCAUGUAGCAGUGAAAAGAGUGGAAAAAUCAGCUGAUUUUUUUAAAAAGGGGAGUUGAUUUUAAUGAAUAUCAGGGCAUGUAUAUAUUUGUAUCAUUGUCAAAUAAUUUAUAAUUUAUAUUUCUGUCGUGUUCAAUAGGAGAUACUUUAAAUUUAUUGACAUAAAGAUUUUAAAACAAUUAUUAUCAUAAUAUAACAUAAUGGGACUUUUGGAUUGUACAGAGUGAUUUUACUGGCCUUAUGAUACAAAAGUAGUAAGUGCUAGCACUAAUUCUAUUGUUUUCUUUUGUUUUACCCUGACUAUUAUAAAUAGGUGGGCGUACAAUGACCAAAUUUUGUUUUGGUUGAUUGCUUUUUAAAUUGCAAACCAGAAAUCUAUUGGACAAUCGAUUAAAGCAGAGUGACAAAACCUAUCGUUGAAAUGGUUCGCACAUAACCAUGCAUCACGUUGGGAAAGUUUAGAAACAUUAAUAACGUCCACUAAUAUUUUGUCAUACAACUUCGUUUCAUAGGUCAAGUAAAACCAUCAUUUCACUGCUACUACCAGCAUGCUUUGCAAAUUUUCUUUCUUUGAAUUUUUAUCUCCUCAUGAGAAAAGUAUUGAAGACAAUUGACCUUUUUAGUGUUGUUGUUUGUUGUGCACAUUUCAGACCAUGUUAUGCCACUCUUAGGUGUUGAUUCUUUCAUGUGUAAAUAUUUUAACAAGUUCAUCCUAAAAGAAAAAUUCUCAAGGGAAUGUCAUGUGAUCUGAAAUGGGUAAAUUGCAYAUGAAGCUGAAAAGGUCAGUAGCCAAUGUGCACUAGCACAAAUCUCUAGCACAAAGCACUCCAAGUACUACACAAAUUAGAACAAAGAAACCAAUUAGAAUUAUCACAAAAAAUAUACUCUUUUAUUUUCUUCUCUUAAGAUACUUAAAUUUCCUUAGAAAAUGAUGAAGGAAAAACUGUCAGAGAUUUUUUUUAGAGGAGAUGAAAAAGCAUAAGUACUUGGUUUCCCAUCAUGCUUUGUGCUAGAGAUUUGCGCUCGUGCACAUUGGCCAUUUGUGGUAAUUAACUGAACAAAUCAAAGUGAACAAGGUGGUAGUAAAAUUAAUGAUGCUAUAAUGCAAAUGGCUGAUUCAAAUAUAAUACAUUUAAUAUUUUUAAAUGAAUGUACCAUCCUUGGUUAUAGAGAAAUAAUUUACAUAAUUUCCUUUUGUCUUUCAAAGAAACAAGAGCCUAGGUUAAGAUUACAGAUGAAUGCAUAUUUUAUAAUUAUUAAU